AUCAUGGCCGAGCAGUUGGUUCUUCGCGGCACCCUUGAGGGCCACACCGGCUGGGUUACCUGCCUGGCUACCUCGCUGGAGAACCCCAACAUGCUCCUUUCGGGUUCCCGCGACAAGACCCUCAUCAUCUGGAACCUGACGCGCGACGAGACUUCCUAUGGUUACCCCAAGCGAAGCCUCCACGGCCACUCCCACAUUGUUUCGGACUGCGUCAUUUCUUCCGACGGUGCCUAUGCCCUCUCCUCCUCGUGGGACAAGACUCUCCGUCUGUGGGAGCUCUCCAGCGGCGUGACCACCCGCCGCUUCGUCGGCCACACCAACGACGUCCUCUCCGUCUCCUUCUCCGCCGACAACCGCCAGAUCGUCUCCGGUUCCCGCGACCGGACCAUCAAGCUCUGGAACACGCUCGGCGACUGCAAGUACACCAUCACCGACAAGGGCCACACCGAGUGGGUUUCCUGCGUGAGGUUCAGCCCGAACCCCCAGAACCCCGUCAUUGUCAGCGCUGGCUGGGACAAGCUUGUCAAGGUUUGGGAACUCUCCACCUGCCGCAUCCAGACCGACCACAUUGGUCACACUGGCUACAUCAACACCGUCACCAUCUCCCCCGACGGCUCUCUCUGCGCCUCCGGUGGUAAGGACGGAACCACCAUGCUUUGGGAUCUCAAUGAGUCCAAGCACCUCUACUCUCUUACCGCCGGUGAUGAGAUCCACGCCCUAGUCUUCUCCCCCAACCGCUACUGGCUGUGCGCUGCCACGGCCUCGAGCAUCAUCAUCUUCGACCUGGAGAAGAAGAGCAAGGUCGACGAGCUCAAGCCCGAGUACAUGGAGGUUGGCAAGAAGAGCAGGGAGCCCGAGUGCGUGUCUCUGGCCUGGAGCGCCGACGGCCAGACUCUUUUCGCCGGUUACACCGACAACCGCAUCCGCUGCUGGGGCGUCAUGGCGAGGGCAUAGAGCGGUGGCUUAGCUUAGGAGUUGGCUGGCUGGCGAUGGACGUGUCACGAUUCAUUCUGUAGCAUGCCCAUGGGGAACAUAUAGUGCGGGAUGGUAUUGGGGA